AAACUUUUUGAUUUUUAAUCCGUUUGUUUGUGUUCCCAUUGCUCAUGCUGUGUAAUCGGAAGAGCCUGUGGGAUGCAGUUCUUUAAAUUUCGUCCUUAGCUUUAAACCGAAGACCGUUGGUUCAACUUGGCCGCUCGCACAACGGAACUUUAGCCUGUUUUCUUUUGUGUGGAACCCCCAGACAUGGACUUGGAAAAAGAAACUGCCACCGAGGGUCAUCUUCGAGGUGGGUCGAGGGGUGACAGCUCACCACAAUCCAAGCUGGAAUGUGCCAUCUGCCUGCAAAAGUGCAUCCACCCAGCUAAACUGCCUUGUGGUCACAUCUUCUGCUACCUAUGCGUCAAAGGGAUCGCUAACCAAAGCAAGAAGUGUGCUAUGUGCCGACAGGAAAUUCCAGCGGACUUCACGGACAAACCAGAACUCCUGUCGGAAAGUGGCUCCGAGACAGACGAGGUCUCCGAAAGCAACUAUCAGUGGUUCUACGAGGGCCGCAACGGCUGGUGGCAGUACGAUGAACGCACUAGCGCAGAGCUUGAGGCAGCCUCUGCUAAGCAGGAGCCAAGGUGUGAAGUCCUCAUCGCCGGCUUCCUCUACAUCGUAGACUUUGAGCACAUGGUUCAGGUGCGCCGCAACGACCUCUCCCGCCGACGCCGCGUGAAACGGGACUUGGCCACCAUCCCCAAGAAAGGCAUCGCUGGAAUCCGGCUUGACGAACCGCUGCAAGAGGAAGUCGAAAACCGCCGCGCUGGCGGCACGACCUGCGACAGGAGUGCAGCUCCGCUGCAACCUCUACCGCCUGCGGAAGGCGGGACGCCCCUCGAGACGUCGCCGUCGGAGGCUGUUGAAACUAGCUUCGAGCAACAGGCGUGGUCCGGCGACACGAGCAGCGAGGCCUACCGCGACUCUAUGUCAGAAGAGGACGGAGUCUCUGAUCGCGACACGGAUCUGGUGAACCUCACUUCGCUGAGUCUGUAUUCUGAAGACGGAACUGAGGAGAGCGUUGCAGUCGGCGCCGAAUGCGAGGUGGCUUCUUCUGAACAGGCGGUGGCCGGCGGUGGUGGUGCUUUACAGGCGUUGCUUCAUCACCGAAGGUAUUACGAGGAUGGGUUGUGAUAUCUGGGACACGCUGACAUGACUUAGCAAGCGUCACUUGGAUAGGUGGCAGAGCUAUAGUCGGUGACAGGUUAAGAAUUCAGUAGGUGCUCCGCCUCCAGCAUCAGUUUUCUGCCAUUUAUAACAUUUUUUUGCAGACGCUGCCAGUGCCUGGCAGAUGGCAACGAGCAUGUGCUGGAGGCAGAGCUUGUACUGGCUUCUUAACUUGUCACUAACUAUAGAGGCAUGUCAAUUACAUCGUACAUGACAAAGCUCCUUUGAACUACUGUACAUCGACUGAGCACGUGUUCAAGGACUGUGAUGCUUCUGGUUUCCUUUGUUCAUUUUUUGUUUUCGUUCCUGUGGUGUGCUUUGACUUCUGUUUCGUGGCCCCUGCCACAAGUGUUUCUUCAAGUUGGACCUGUUCCCUUCCCAUUAACUUUGUCUAAUUACUUGCGUUCCUUUUGAACCGAGUGGGCAUUAAUCUGACGCCACGUGUGGUCCAUACUAGAGCCACAGAGUGUACCCAGAGUGCCAGCCUUCUGGAUUUUACUUUGUAACCACCAAGGACGUGAAGAAAAGUGCAGAGCGUGGUGAAUUGUGGGCACUGCCAUCGUUGGAAUCGAGAUGAAGACUGUGGCAAUGGCAAAAGAGUGGAGAAAGAAACAGACGAAACAUUGCGCGUGUUCAUUUCUUGUCACAACGCAUCGAAGUUGUUUCGAGUGCUUGCCAGCCUUAGUUCUUUUUAGACGACAGUGCUUAACGUCGAUGUUCUCUUGCAGAAUGAACCGAGAAAGGACUUGUUAAAGUGUGGCCACUGAUCGAGGCUCACUGGUACUACCACCGGUCUGCCUCUAGGCUCCACCAUUCUGUGGCAGCCGAAAUACGUGGAGAUGGCAGAUCUUUGUCUCUAGAUGUAUUAUAUGAAUGGUACAAUGAACCGUGUUGCAGGGCUGCAAUUGAUGGUUUAGAUAAGGCAGCAUUAUGCGAUUUAAUCAAUUCGAGGUGGGGAGAGCUGGCAGAACCUGUUAGCCUUUUAUGUUCCGACUACUUAUAAUUCAGAUGGCCAACAUCAAUCAACCAAUCGGAAAGCUUGUUUGACUCGAUUUGUUCAUUUCGAGCAGACGCUACAAAAUGCAAUAAUUUGGGAACAUUGGGUGGCUCUGGGUUAUGCGCCACAAUCUGUGACGAGCAUUUUUACACGAUCAAACCGGUGUGUUAGCUUGGAGCGUUAUUUAUUCCGCGUAUUUUCACACAAUAAUCUUUAGUGUAGUGGACGGUUUUGUGGCGGCUGUUUGUUUGUUUUCGUUGUGCACAACUGCAUUUCGAAAGUGCAUUUCUCCUGGCCUCGUGUGUGGGUGAAAGCCAGCCAUGUUCCCAAACUUCUGCUGCUGUAUUUGUGCUGCAAGGAAGCUCGCAUUUUAGGGCUCGACAAGGACAGGUUGUUUUAUUAGAAUAGCAGCUCGAAAAAAGGGCGUCGCCCACAAGGCGGCAUUGCUGGAAAGUAGUGUUGCAUGCUGAGACGACAGACGCUUGGUCUGUGGCCCACAGUUCAUUGUUUUAGUCUACUUGUGUUUUUAGGCCGCUUGAGUCAGUCGAGCUGCUUGUUGGAAUAAAAUUCUGGUCUAUAACAUAUACAUACAUUCUAAGA